AUGACUCCCCGGAGAGCAGGACCUCCAGUCUGCCCAAUGCUGACCCCCAUUCUGGAGUGCAAAAAGGAGCGGCUCUCCUGCGGGACAGCUCUAACAGGCCGAGUUCGUCUGGGGCCUUACGAUGCCGAGGCUCUUGUUUCAGUCCACCUCCAGGCCAAGGUGACCGUGACCUCUGGUGCUGUGGAGCUGCACAGGAUUCUCCCCAGGGACCCUGGCAAAGCACUUUCACAUGGAAAUGGGCAGACCAGGUUCCAGCACCAGUGGAUGUUGACUCCAGCCUUCCACCAUGAUAUUCUAAAGCCUUAUGUGAGAAUCAUGGCUGGCUCCAUAUGAGUGAUGUUGGAGAGUCUGUCUCAGCACUGGGGUGUCCCUCUGGAGAUCUUUCAACACACCUCCUUGGUGUCUCUGCAUCCCAUCGUGAGGUGUGCCUCCAGCCACCAAGACAGCGUCCAGUCAAGUAAAAACUUCCAGCCCUACAUCAAGGCCAUUAAGGACAUAAACAACCUGCUGUAUUCCUGUAUGAGGAAUAUCUUUCACCGUAAUGCCAUCAUCUACAGGCUGACCUCUGAUGGCCACUGGGCCCACCAUGUUUACCACAUCACUCAUAAGCACACAGACCAAGCCAUCAAGCAGAGGAAGGCUCAGCUCCAGGAGGAUGGAGAGCUACAGAAGUUCAGGAGAAAGAGGCACCUGGAAUUCCUGGAUAUCCUUGUCCUCCCCAAGAUGGAAAAUGGGAACAGUUUGUCUAACAAAUACAUACAAGCUCAUGUGAACACCUUAGUGUUUGGUGGCCAUGACGUUUCAGCCAACAGCAUAUCCUGGAUUCUUCCGGCUCUGGCUGGGCACCCCAAGCAUCAACAGCAGUACAGAGAGGAGGUCCAGAGACUUCUGGGUGAUGGAUCCUCUAUCACCUGGGACCAUCUGAACCAUAUGCUGGAUCCCACCAUGUGCAUCAAGGAAGCCAUGAGGCUGUAUCCACCAGUAUCUUGUAUAAGUCGAGAGCACAGUGAACCUGUCAUCUUCCCCAGUGGAUAUACAAUCUUCUCAGACUCACUCACCCAAGCAUUCAUCACGGGAAGGGAGGAUCAUGAUUUCACAUGUUCUUCAGCAUUUCUGACUUUUUCUGCAUUUCCCAUUCUCCAUCAGUGA